ACGCAUACUUACUGCCCUAGUCCACGACGCAAGCGCGCAAGCUGAGGUCCUAGUUCUAAUUCCUACGCUCAUCAAACAUUUGAAGCAACACGACUUUUACAUCUCGCCGCCGGUGGGCAAUCUCAUAUGUGCAUAUGCAAUGCAUAAUGAAUUCCGCGAGCAAUUAAUCAAACCAGAAAGUGGUUUUCUCGCACUUCUGGUCAACAUGUUGGAAAAUCGCUUGACUGAUAUUGAGGAUCCCGCCAUCCAGAUCCUUGGCCAACUUGCGGAACAUGUUGACGUUCAGGUUGACUUGAUUAACAAUGGGCAUGUCAAGAACUUGGUGUCGAUGAUGAAAAGCCGAAAGCACGAAAUAAGUAGCGGAGCUAUACUUGCGACGUUGUCUAUACUCAAGCAUGCAUAUAUACGACAUCGGGCAAUUGAGGAAGGUAUCGUUGUUACGUUGGUCAAUCAUUUAAAACACCAGAAGAAAUGUUUGUUUGCGGCUUAUGCAUUCUCUCGUAUCUUGGACUACGAAAACAUCAGAACAGCUAUGAUUGGGCAAUCCGCUCCUGACUAUAUCGUCACCGCUCUCAAACAAGGAUCUUUUAAUGCGACGGUCGAGAAUGAACCUGGCAAAGAGGUGCUCAGCAGUCUCAUGCGCAACGAUGAACUGAGGGCAGAGGUUCUCGAAGCCCAUACAACAGCCGCCCUUUGUACCAUGUUCAAAAAGGGUGAUCAAGCGUUGAAUCAUGCAGCAUUUGACUUCCUGGACAUCAUGUCCGACUAUCCCGAUGGGAGAGAGCUGAUUAGAGGAGCUAAGAUUCCCAUAUUCCGCGCCAUAGUGGCAGCCUUGGACCACCAGAAGUGGGACUCACAAAGGAAUGCUGCAAUGGCACUUCAUACUCUUUACGGGAUUCAGGAUCCUGAGAAAAAAACGUUUGUCAUGCAAGAGUUCCAAUCGGCCAUCUUGUACGGAAUCCCGCAGAUACUGAAAUUGUUGGUGCAUGAUCGGUCUUAUCGCGUCGUUGGCGGUGCGGUAGCUCUCUUGGCAUUAUCUCAUGACGAAACUGUACGGGCUUGUGUGCGAGAGCACGAAGAUUUCAAAUUUGCCCGAAGCGGGUAUUUCUCAAAGAGCAGAAAACUACAGUACCAUGGCUCAGACCCACGUGAAGGUGAGUUGUGCUUUUUUCUCGAACAUUACGGGGAUCUGACGUCAUAACGCUUGCCAUUAGAGGAUGUCCACAAGAUGCUUGACAUAUUAUUUCCAGCCAUGGAGAACGGCCAUCACCAUCACCAUCACGGUGCCCUGAAGUUCCCAGACGUGCACCCAAUGCCUGCCCGCAGUGCCUUGGUGAAUUCCCUU